AUGUUCGACACUUGGGUCCUUCGCCGCCCAGCUUUUUUCAUCUUGCCCUCUAUUGUGAUCAUCGUAGCUCUUCUUAUGAGUGCGUCUUCCCCGGCGUUGUCACUUUUAUCUUUGCCACAAAUCCUGACGAAGCUCAAGACUUUUUUGCCCGUUUCUUAUUUUAAUACUCCAACCACCGCGCCUCUAGCGACCCUCUCCACCACCCCAUCGGUCUCGUCAACGACAACAAUCUCACAACCGCCCAAAAUGCCAAAAGCACCAGUGUAUUUCUUUAGCCAUGGCGGCCCCGACGUCCAAUACAACACCACCCACCCCGUCUACCCCAUCCUCCAGUCCAUCGGCAAGGAAAUCACCCAAAAAGUCAAGCCCUCCGCCGUGGUAGUCUUCUCCGCCCACUGGCAGCCCGAAAACGUCGGCCCAGACGAAAUCCACGUCAACAACGCCGAAAAGACCGACCUCAUCUACGACUUCUACGGCUUCCCCCCUCACUUCUACAAAGCAACCUUCCCCUCCACCGGCUCCCCCUCCUUAGCCUCCCACAUCAUCUCCCUCCUCGCCAAAUCCAACAUCCGCGCCAGAGGCCUCUCCCGCGGCCUCGACCACGGCGUCUUCUCCGGCUUCAACGUGGCCUUCCCCCCGGCCUCCAACCCUUUGGCUGUGCCCCUCGUCCAGGUGUCCCUCUUCAACUCGGAAAACCCCCAGGCCCACUUCCUCCUCGGCGAGGCCGUCCAGUCCCUCCGCGAGCAAAACAUUGUCAUCAUCUGCACAGGCAUGACGGUCCACAACCUGCGGGACAUGCGCCUCGCCUUCGGGCAGCCUCAACCCAUGCCGUACGCCGUGUCGUUUGACAAUGCCCUCAAGGAGGCUGUCGAGCAGCCUGAUGCUGAGAAGAGGAAAGAAGAAAUGGUCAGGGUGUUGAAGAGGCCAGACGCGAGACAGGCGCAUCCUUGGAUGGAUCAUUUGAUGCCGUUGUAUAUCGCUGCUGGGGCGGCGGGGGGGGACCGAGGAAGACAGACGUGGACGAUGCACGAGGCUAGUUUUGCUUGGGCGCAGUACCGGUUUGGGGAGUUGCCUGAGGAGAAGUAG